GAGGACUGAUCCUGGCUGGAAGUAUUGUGUUGAACUUUCUCCAAUCAGGUCGCAGGAUAGCAAAACUUAUAAAUAUAUUGAAUGCAACUUUUGUAAGAAGAGGAUCACUGGCGGAAUUAAAAGGCUAAAGCAGCACAUUGCAAAGACUCAUAAGAAUGUUGCAGGUUGUCCACGAGUUUCCAUUGAGGUUCAAGAAGAAAUGAAGUCGUUUAUGUUGAAAAAGACCGAGGGUAAAAGAACAGCAUUCGAAGAAAUGGAUGAAGUGCUGUCUAGUUCAAAAAACAAGUUCAUGGACCCAUUGAUUUUUUUUAUACAAUACGCAAAUAUUGGUAGCGAGAGUGCUGAAUAUUUCACAGUUUAUCAAACGCACCAAGUUACCUUGAAUGAGAGUUGGAAGAAAAACGAAAGAGUAAGGAUUUGCAAUUCUAUUGGACGGCUCUUCUAUGAGAAUUCAAUGUAGCAACAAGCCCUUCAUAUUGGGCCAUGAUGAAGGAUGUAUGUGGAUUUGGAAGGGGAUUUAAACCCCCAACUAUGUAUGAGUUGCAAACAUGGAUUCUAAAAGAAGAGAAAAAUGCUAUUUCUUCCAUUGUCAAUGAAGCAAUCCACCUUCAUGGAUUGAAACCGGUUGUAGUAUUGUAUCUGACGGUUGGACUAACACAAAUGGGCGUACAUUGAUAAAUUUUUUAGUUAAUAACCCGAAAGGUACUUACUUUUUAAAGUCUAUUGAUGCAUCUGAUCAAGUAAAAGGUGCAAAAUUGCUUUUUAAAUUAAUUGAUGAAGUUGUUGAGGAAGUUGGAGAAAAGAAUAUUAUCCGAGUGAAAACAGACAAUGCCUCGGCUUAUAAAGCAGCGGGGCCAAUGUUGGUGGAGAAAAAGAAAAAUUUGUAUUGUACGCCUUGUGCUACACACUGCAUUGACUUAAUGUUAGAGGACAUUUUCAAGUUACCUUUUCCAUACUUCUGUGUUCACCAAGGCCAAGAAAAUAAUAAAUUUUAUAUAUCAAUGGGUGCUAUCAAUGGUAAGAAAAUUUACCGGUGGAGAUUUGGUGAAACCUGCUGUUAAUCGAUUUGCCACUGCAUUUCUUACUUUGCAAAGCUUGUUUGGAGCAAGGGAUGGACUUGAAUCCUUUUUUACUUCAAGAAAGUGUAAAAGUGCUUAUGCAUCUUGAUCAUUGGGGGAAAUUGUGCGCAACAAUUCUAAAAAGACAGUUAUUAGCCUGGUGUUACUUAGUGCUCAACACAACAAAGUCCUUAGUUAUAGUUCUUAAAAUGGUGGAUUCCGAGAAGUAUCCACCAAUGGGAUUUAUUUACGUAGCUAUGGAUAGGGCUAAAGAAAAAAUUGUUCUAAUAAUGUCUAAUCUAAAUAAUGAUGUUACAAAGUAUCAGAUUGUUUGGGAUGUUGUGGGCAGUCGGUGGGAUCGUCAGCUUUACACGCAUUUGCACGCUGCUGCAUAUUUUCUAAAUCCUUAUUUCCAAUAUGAACCUUCAUUCUCUUCUCAUCAUGAGAUUAAAUUGGGACUUUAUCCUUGCACGGAGCGAUUGAUUGGUGAUUCAGGAGAAAGAGAGAAAGUAGAUUUGCAGAUCAAUUCUUUUUGAUAUGCACGAGGUUUAUUUGGACGGGUAAAUGCAGUAAGCACGAGGAAGAAGAGAAGUCCAGCGGAUCGGUGAAGAGCUUUUGGAGAUCAAACGCCUAAACUUGCAAAAUUUGCAAUUUGAAUCUUGAGCUUGACUUGUAGUGCUUCUGGAUGUGAACGGAAUUGGAGCUCCUUAAAUCAAGUAAUAGUAUAAAGUAUUUUGGUUUUAUAUGUUUUUCGAUUUUCAUCUUACUGAGCUUUAGUAUUUUAAUGAACAGGUGAAUACAAAGAGAAGAAAUCGCUUGAAGCAAGCGAAACUCAAUGAUUUAGUUUACAUUAUGUUCAAUUUGAAACUAAAACACAGGGAGUUAAAGAAGAAAACAAUUAAAGAUCCCCUUUGUUUGGAUGAUGUAGACUCUGGCAAUGAAUGGAUCUCAGAGCUCCAAAAUCCUGAGGUAGAGGUCUAUGAAAAUCUUGAUGCAAAUAUAGCUCUUGAUGACUCUUUUGAAGUCAAAGAAGGUGAAUUAUUUCAACAUACAAAGAAGAGAAAGAAGAAAAACAAAAGGUAUAGGAAAAAUCCAAAUGAUGACGAUGAGGAGGAUUUUCCACAUGCCAUGAAGGAAAGCGAAGAAGAAGAGGCUAAAUUGAAUUUCAUGGACAAUUCUCUCGAGGAUCCUAAUAGUAGCACUAGUUCUAGUGACAAUAGCGAUGAUUGAUGGGUUAAGAUUUAUGAGAUUAGGCCAUAUUUAUUUCG